AGUGCGCGAGUCGCCGCCGCCUGUCGCGCGCCAUGGCCGCGCCGCGCGAACGCUGACCGACCGCGCCCGUUCGCGCCAGCACCUCGCCGACGAGCCGCUAGGUAACGUAGCUGCCGCAGCCCGCAUGUAGCCAGCUCGCGGCGGCAGCACCAGCAGUCGCCGCCGCUGUCUCGUACUGGUGUCGGCGGCAGUGAUCGUAUUCACCGUGUGUUCCACUCUCGACUGCUCUCAUGCUCUAUUGAUAAUUUCAAAUGACAUCAAUAGAUGAAUUUGUGAAUUCAUCAGCAUGGCUUGUAAAGGUGUCGGGGGCUACGCGCGGACGCGAGCGGUAUGCGGCCCCUGCGGCAGACGCCCAUGGAGGUCGGAUAGCGGCGCGCGCGCAGCCCCCGCGCCCGCCCUCCCCGCCGCGCCCCGCAGACAACAUGGACCUGGCGUCAGUGCCCCGGCACCGACCACUCGCCUUCGAUAAGAUGGAAGCUUUGAUAAAAGAAAUGCAAGACCCAGAGAUCGGUGUACCAGUACGGAGUCAAAAAUUAUUUCUUACCGUCAUACCUGCUGCUUUUAUGGGUUGCGAUCUUAUCGAAUGGCUAAUGUUACGGUUUAAAUCAUUAGAGUCUACCAAUGUUGAUGCAUUAACUUUAGCCAAUCAACUCUGCCAACACGGUUACUUCUUUCCUGUCAACGAUUCGAAAAACCUUGUGGUUAAGGAUGAUUCUUCUCUUUAUAGAUUCCAAACCCCCUACUACUGGCCCUGGCAAGGCCCGCGCGUGGCCGGGGCCGGAUCCAGUGCGCCGACGCUGAGCCCCGACAACGUGGAGUACGCCAUCUACCUCGUCAAACGCACACUACGCAACAAGCAACGCCACGGCCUAGAAGACUACGAACAGGAAGCACUCGCCAAUCUCAAGAAAAAUUUGGCCGCCAAGUGGGAUUUCAUCACUAUGCAGGCAGAGGAACAAGUGCGGUUGGCGAAAGAGCGCAAAAAGGGUGACAAAGUAGUGAGCGACAGUCAAGAGCGAGCGUACUGGCGGGUGGCUCGUCCACCGCCCGGCGUGCCCAGCGCGCUGGAGCACUGCCCCGUGCCCGUGCGGACCAGACAACCCAAACCCAAGAAACGUACCAUACAACAAGUUACUAGAGAGAUCGAACAUCUAAAGGCGAGCCUGGACCGUACGCGAGUGAAGACUUCUAUUGCCCUCGAGGCCCUCAUGGCCUACUCGGAGACCUUCGCUGCGUACGACGCCAUGCUCACGCCGCCUCAGCCACCCAACCCCUGGAUCUCUGAAGAUACACUGUUUUGGCAGAUCAAUAGCCCAAUUGUCGAGGUGCCGAGUGAAAAACGCGUACAGCGGUGGGCUCUAUCAAUAGAAGAGUUAGUGUCGGACCCCACUGGCCUACAAGAGUUCACUAGUUUUCUCCGAAAAGAGUAUUCACAUGAAAACAUACGUUUCUGGCUUGCAGUUAUGGACUUACGACGAAGUAGUACUAAGCAAAUACCAAAAAAACUAGGAGACAUUUAUGAGGAGUUCCUAAAACCCGGUGCGCCGUGCGAGAUAAACAUCGACGGCGCGACCGCCGAGCGCGUGACCGAGGGCAUCCGCAGCGGCUCCCGGUACGCGCUGGACCACGCGGCGGACCACGUGUACGGCCUGCUGCUGAAGAAGGACUGCUACCCGCGCUUCGUGCGCUCCGACCACUUCCAGCGGCUGCUGGCUGAGGGGCGGAACGUGCACCAGAAGAAAGCGAAAUUUUUCAAUUUCGGCGGUCAAGUAAAGAAGAAGCCGGGCUCGACGAGCGGUAGCGGCGGCAGCGGCGGUGGUGCGGCGCUGGCUCGACGGCGCGGCUCCGACCGCUCGCUGUCGGGCUCGGCGCACGAGCUGGCCGUGUGCGCCGCCCAGCCGCCGCGCGCGCCCGAGCCGCCGCCGCACAGCCACAGCCAGUCCAACCUGUGCGAGAUACCCUUCCGGGACCCACUCGACGACGACACGGCAGACAUACUUCCAUGGGAGAGUUCUUCCCGCGAGUGCACGUACGGGGCGCCCCGGAGACGACAGGACUCCACCGCUGACUCGGGCAGCUCGUCGUCGGACGUGAGCUCGGCGGUGGCCACGAGCGAGCGCAUCAAGCGCCUGCCGCAGCAGAGCACCCUGGACGGUGGGCUGAGGGGCGCGCCGCCGCCUCUGCGCCGCCUGUCGGCCGUGGAGCCGCGCCACCUGGCGCCGCUCGCCUCUCCGCCGCACUCCCCGCGACAGCCCCGCGUCGCGCCCGUCCAGCCGCAGCCGACGCCGAUACCGUCGCACCACCCCACGCCCACCAUCAGCGUCAGCUCGGCGCCCGACGAGGAAUUGGGGAACUCACCUCCCCGCACCGCUUCCCCCGAGGACCGCCGCUCUCUGGCGCACUCCGAGGAGCCAUCGUCUGUCUUCGCGUCGGCGGACGCGACGCCCACGGAGCCCGCCCACGUCUUCGCCGAUCGGUGCUCGAUGAUCAUCGACGCGGACGAUGCGACCGACGUCGUCGAAUUGAAAUCUGAUAUAUUAGAUGUAAAUUUAAAACCUACGUCGGACGAUACGGCGACCGUUACCGCGUCUAUCGGCUCGUGUGAUUCGCGAACGGAAUCUAAAGAUGAAUCGCAGUCGAGAGACGCAUCGCACGCGGACUCCAAGGAAGACUGGACGAGAUCUUCCGAGGACGAGCCCGCGUCCGUCCGUCUGCCGCCAUCCCGGGAAGCUUCCGUGUCGACGGAGGACAAGUGGACCCCGAGCAGAGACGUUGGGCACGUGAAGAGAAAAGGAAACGUAGCAGGUGGGAUGGGUGAACCCGCGAGUGUUGUGAUCAGUGGAGCACCGGAGCCCGAGCCGGUCGAGACGGACGAUCCGAAGGCGCCGGUGAGGGCGAGCGGCGAGCGGGAGACGGCGGCGGGCCCGCCGGCCGGCCCGGUGGCGCCGCUCGCGGUCUGCGAAGACAUCGGCGUCGACGACGACAACGUAGACAAAGUGCCUUCGGUGCCACCGCAGAGAGUCUCCGGAGAUUCCGAGGCGGCGUCCGAGUCUUACGGGUUGAAAAAUAUUGCUCAUAGUGACGAACUGUCGUCGGUUUCUGAAUCUGAUAUUGUUAAGCGUGAUAGUAAAAGCGGAGUCAGUGAACGUAAGCAGCGAAACGACAUUUGUCCCUGGGAGGACGAGAAUUCCUGCGACAGUGACGCUCCCUUUGUUAAAACUUAUGCAACGCUCGGUUACUUAUAAUUUUCGUAGGCGAAUGUCGAGAAUAUUUUAUGAAAUUCAGGGUUAAAAAAUAUUUAAUUUUUUAUUCUAGACCCUAUGUUUCGAUUGUCACAAGAGUUAGAUCUUAAUUGUGUAAUUAUAUGAAUAUUUUGAAGUAAAUGAUCGUUAAUUAUUAGAAUAA